UUUCUAGGAAAGCCCGGAGACCAGGUUUGAAAGAAACUUUUGGACUGUGAAUUGAGGCAUUGGACUCGAGAUGGCCUCGCCAGCAGACAGCUGCAUCCAGUUCACCCGCCACGCGAGCGAUGUCCUCCUCAAUCUCAACCGCCUUAGAAGCCGGGAUAUCCUGACCGACGUUGUCAUCAUCGUGAACCGGGAACAGUUCAGAGCCCACAAAACAGUCCUGAUGGCCUGCAGUGGUCUCUUCUACAGCAUUUUCACUGACCAGCUCAAGUGCAACUUGAAUGUCAUCAACCUGGACCCGGAAAUUAACCCUGAGGGGUUUUGCAUCCUCUUGGACUUCAUGUAUACAUCCCGCCUGAACUUGAGGGAGAACAAUAUCAUGGCCGUGAUGGCCACAGCGCUGUACCUGCAGAUGGAGCACGUGGUUGAUACCUGCCGAAGGUUUGUCAAGUCUAGUGAAGCGGAGAUGGUGUCUGCUGUGAAGACCCCAAGGGAAGAGUUUUUGGCUGGACGGAUGCUGAGCCACCCAGAGGUGAUGGCUUAUCGGAGCAGAGAUGUCUCAGAGAAUGGCAUGCCUCUCCAAAAUGGGUCCCUCUGCAAUGGGAGGGCCUUUGCACCUGGCUUGAUCAAUAGUUUGUCUGGAUCCCCCCUUUCCUACCAUGGAUACAGCCCUCUCCCUCUAAAUAGCUUUCUUGUGGAUGAUGAGUUGCGGGAGAUGAGGAUGCCUCUCUCCGAACUCUCAAGGGCAGGUGCGUUCCCCAAGGAGAGGAUCCUGCCAUGCGACAACUCCAGGACAAUCCCCACCGAGUACAUAAGAACCAUUACCGAUAUCUCAGCCAACAUGUGCCAUGCUACCAUCUAUGCUCCGAAAGAAGGUGCUGCUGAAGAAGCCAGGAGCGACAUGCACUACAGCAUAGCCUCUGGCCCCAAACCUGUCGUCCCUUCGAUCCGGAACAAUCCCUAUUUCUCUUGCGACAAAGUGGCCAAAGAGGAGGAGCGGACCUCUUCAGAGGAUGAGAUCAGCCAGCACUUUGAGCCCACCAACACCCCCCUGGACCGCAAGGGACUCAUCAGCCCCCAGAGCCCCCAGAAGUCAGACUGUCAGCCCAACUCGCCAACCGAGUCCAGCAGCAGCAAGAACGCCCGUAUCAGUCAGAGCUCCAGCUCCCUCUUCACCAAGAGCCCCACAGACCCCAAAGCCUGCAACUGGAAGAAGUACAAAUUCAUUGUCCUCAACUCUCUCAAUCAGAGCACGAAGCAGGACAGUGCUGAUCAGAACGAGAUGGGAACCCUCUCUCCUCGCACCUACAUGCCCAUGUCCACUUGCCAGCAGUCCAUGGAGCCGGAGCAUCUCAACGUGCAAUCCCCCACCAAGAUGAGCGUGAAUGGAGAAGACUCUACUAUCCCACAGGCGAGCAGACUCAACAAUAUCGUUAACAGGUCCCGGGAUGGGUCACCUCGGAGCAGCGAAGGGCAGUCCCCGCUGUACAUGCAUUCAUCGAAGUGCAGCUCCUGUGGCUGCCAGUCCCCACAACAUGCUGAGAUGUGCCUUCAUACCCCUGGCUCAAACUUUGGAGAGGAGAUCGGGGAAACCCAGUCUGAAUACUCUGACUCCAGCUGUGAGAAUGGAGCCUUCUUCUGCAACGAGUGUGACUGCCGGUUCUCCGAGGAGGCCUCUCUCAAGAGACACUCUCUGCAAGUCCACAGUGACAAGCCCUACAAGUGUGACCGCUGCCAGGCCUCAUUCCGCUACAAGGGGAACCUUGCCAGCCACAAAACCGUCCACACAGGAGAAAAGCCGUACCGCUGCAACAUCUGCGGGGCACAGUUCAACCGGCCGGCCAACCUGAAAACCCACACACGCAUCCACUCCGGAGAGAAACCCUACAAGUGCGAGACCUGCGGGGCCAGAUUUGUCCAGGUGGCCCACCUCCGUGCUCAUGUGCUCAUUCACACCGGUGAGAAGCCGUAUCCCUGCGAGAUCUGCGGCACACGCUUCCGGCACCUGCAGACCCUCAAAAGUCACCUUCGAAUCCACACAGGAGAGAAACCGUAUCAUUGUGAGAAGUGCAACCUGCAUUUCCGCCACAAAAGCCAGCUGCGGCUUCACCUCCGGCAGAAGCACGGGGCCAUCACCAACACCAAGGUGCAGUACCGCAUCUCGGCGAGCGAGGUGCCUCCAGAGCUCCCCAAGGCCUGCUGAAGGCAGAGGAUUUCCCAGGAGGAGGUCGUCUUGGUGGGGGGAGAAGCUGUCCAAAGGAUACUUGCAACACUUUAAAAGAAAAAGAGGGGGGGGAACAAAAAAAGAAAAAAAAAUUCAUCACAUGAUGGAGUGCCUCUAAACCCAUAGUGCAGAUAGGUGGAAAAACAUUAGAAAUUUAAAAAAAAAAAUUACAAAUACACGGGUUUUAUUUUUCCCAGUUAUGUGAAACAAAAAGAAAAAUAAAAUUAUUCAGAUCUUAUUGUAUAUAAAACAUAAAAAAUAAAAAUAGUCAUUUUAAAUGUCUGUGCAGUGGAGUGUUGAUAAACUCGGGAGUCUAACCUUCACAGCCUUUGCCGUUUGAAGAUGAGGAAUGUAAUGUUGAUUUAUGGGAACAGAUUUUUUCUUUUGUAUGCAAAAUGUGUGUUCUUUUAAAGAGAAAGUACGCUAUUAAAGAGAGGGCUUUAACUUUUUUAACCAAAGGUGAAGGAAUCUAUGGCAGAGUUGUAAAUAUAUAUAGAUAUAAAUAUAUAAAUAUAUAUAUAAAAUAAAUAUAUAUAGACCUUUAAAAAAGCUAUAUUAAAAAUAUAUAAAAUGCAUUAAAGGCUCAGGUGGACUCUGCAGGCAGAAGCCACUCUGAGAAUCUUUAUUAUGAUAGAGCACUUAACAAGAUAUUUUAAAGUAUUGCAUCUGUACAAGUAAGAAAAUAUUUUGUCUAAAUGCAUCAGUGUAUUUGUAUUUUUUUGCAAGUGAAGGUUUACAAUUUACAAAAAAGUGUGUAUUAAACCAACAAAGCUGCAGAAGGAAUUUAAAAUAAUAAUAAAGUGUAAUUUUUUUUUUUUUGUUCUAGUUCUCAGUCUGUAUAUAUGUAAAAUGUGGUUUCGCACGGUGCCUUUCUUUUCAAUGGAAGUUUUCAAUGUAUGGACUAUAUUGAGCUCAGUUUCUUCAAGGUACAGCCUGAUGUUGCAAAAGGAGUUUUGGUGGAACUCUCUAUCGGGGAAUGUUUUAUUUUUUUGGUUUUGGUUUUUUUGGUCUUAUUUUACAUGCUUGUGUUAUAAACAAUCUCGGGAGACAGGGUUUGGGCUGUGUCUAAACUGCAUUAAUGCGUUCUGUAAAAUAUAGCUGUACAAAUAAAAGAAUAAAAUGAAGAAA